UGUGCCUCGGGAAAUCAAGGAUAACCGCUGUUUAAACUCCGAUAUUUUCAGCUCAAACCGAGAAAAAUGUACCGCAAAUAUUCUAGUGACUAAAAAACCUGCCGCAGUUCCGCGAAAAAAAUCCGAAAAACUUUCAAAAAUAUUUUAAAAAUGUGUCGAAUUAGGAAUAACUCCCAUGCUCUAUUAGCACAGUUACCGACUUUACGAAGAAAUAAACAACAUUUUUUUAGUGUUUGACAGGUCUUGAAAUUGCCGCACGAUGCACCGUUUAGCAGUGUUGACGAUUGUUUUGUUGUUAAUGUUUUUGAAAUGUUGUAAAUUUCAAAAACCGAAUAUGGACAAUAAAAGACACGACGUUUACGUAGCUGGAUUCUUUCCUUACGGAAGAGGGGUGGAAAAUUCUGAUACAGGUCGUGGAGUCAUGCCGAGUGUCAAAUUAGCAUUGGACCACGUAAACGAACAUUCUUCUGUUUUGAGAAACUAUAGACUACAUAUGUGGUGGAACGACACAAUGUGCAAUGCUGCCGUUGGUGUCAAAGCCUUUUUCGAUAUGAUGCACAGUGGUCCUAACAAGCUGAUGUUGUUUGGGGCUGCAUGUACUCACGUUACUGAUCCCAUCGCAAAAGCUUCCAAACAUUGGCACCUAACACAGUUAUCUUAUGCCGACACCCAUCCAAUGUUCACAAAAGAAAAUUUUCCUAACUUUUUCCGAAUAGUGCCGUCGGAAAAUGCUUUCAAUUCGCCAAGAUUAUCCCUUUUAAAACAAUUUAAUUGGACUAAAGUUGGAACAAUAUACCAAAACGAACCAAGAUAUUCAUUGGCCCAUAACAGAUUGGUUGCUGAACUGGAUACAAUGGGUUACCAAGUAUUAGAAACCCAAAGUUUUACCAACGAAGUGAACUCAGCUCUAACGAAGCUCAAGGAAAAAGACACAAGGAUUAUUUUAGGUAACUUUAACGAAAAAUGGGCUCGCGACAUAUUCUGCGAAGCCUACAAGCUCAAAAUGUUCGGCAAAAAAUACCAAUGGAUCAUCAUGGGCACCUACACCUUCGAUUGGUGGCAUCAAUUAGAUCCCGAAUUCAACUGCACCCAAGAUGAAUUAGAAUCCUCUUUGGAACAAACGAUUUUGACUGAUCUACUGCCUUUGUCUACUAGUGGCGAAAUUACUAUAUCUGGAAUUACCGCUGAUGAGUAUAAUACUGAGUACGAAUCUAGAAGAGGAAACGAAUAUUCUAGAUUUCACGGCUACACUUACGACGGAAUUUGGGCGUUAGCCCUCGCUAUCCAAAAUGUGGCUCACAAAGUCAAAUAUUUUAGAAGAAACGAAUCUGUCAUCGACUUCAGGUAUAGAGACCCGAUGUGGGAAAGACUGUUUUUGGACGCUUUACAUAAUACCAGUUUUGAAGGAGUGACUGGUCCCGUUAGAUUUUACGAUAACGAAAGAAAAGCGAGUAUCCUCUUGAAACAAUUUCAAGAAGGAAAAGAGAUUAAAGUGGGAGAGUACAGUGCAGCAACACAACACUUGGAUCUAACUCUAGGAGCACCUCUCAAGUGGAUCGGGAAACAUCCUCCAAAAGACCGCACUUUAGUUAUAAUCGAACACACCAGGGUAAACAAGACUGUCUACGCCAUUUUAGCAACGUGCGCUGUUUGCGGCAUCAUAAUGGCUAUCGUAUUAUUGGCGUUUAACAUUAAAUAUCGAAAUCAACGAUACAUCAAAAUGUCCAGCCCGCAGCUGAAUAAUUUGAUCAUAAUCGGAUGCAUGUUAACUUAUACCAGCGUAAUUUUUUUGGGAUUGGAUUCAGGACUAUCCAGUAUUGAUGCCUUCCCUUACAUUUGUACCGCUCGAGCUUGGACUCUGAUGGCGGGAUUUUCAUUAGCCUUCGGAGCUAUGUUUAGCAAAACCUGGCGAGUUCAUUCAAUAUUUACUGAUGUUAAAUUAAAUAAAAAAGUGAUCAAAGAUUACCAACUAUUUAUGGUCGUUGGAGUUCUUCUGUUCAUUGAUUUGGCAUUAAUGACAACGUGGCAGGUUGCAGAUCCGUUCUAUAGAGAUACGAAACAAAUGGAACGAUAUCCUCAUCCGUCUAACGAAGACAUCAUCAUAAUUCCCGAGAAUGAAUACUGCGCUUCAGAGCACCAAACUAUUUUUGUUGGCUCUAUUUAUGCCUACAAAGGGCUUUUAAUGAUCUUCGGUGCUUUCUUGGCUUGGGAAACUCGUCACGUGUCAAUUCCAGCUCUUAAUGACAGUCGCCAUGUUGGUUUAUCUGUUUACAAUGUUGCAAUAAUGUGUAUUUGCGGUGCUGCCGUUGCUUUGGUACUCGUAGAUCACCAGGAUGCCAUGUUUUUAAUAAUAGGUGUAUUCGUGAUGUUUUGUACCACUGCAACAUUAUGGCUGGUAUUCGUUCCAAAAAUGCUAGAACUAAGACGAAAUCCAGGUGGUUCAAAUGACAAAAGAUUCAGGCCCACGCUUAGACCAAUGUCAAAAACUAGAAGGGAUUCUAGCGUUUCUGAAUUAGAGUCCAAAAUCAAAGACGUUAAAUGCUUGAAUUCCAAAUAUAGAAAAACUCUUCUAGACAAGGAAUCUGAGUUACAGAUGUUGAUACGACGUUUGGGUAACGAAGCAAAAGAUAUUUUGGACUCUAGGGAAUCUAUAACCGAUACCAACAGGUUGUCAGUACCCCUGUUGCGUAAAGAAGCACCCAGUGCCACUGAAACUAGUGAUCUAACAUCUUUAUGCAGCCUGAGUUCACAGGAUUACGCAUCUCUACAACAUACUGAUAGUCAAAAAAAAAAGAAACUAGGCAGUGAAUCUCCAAAACAUGACAAAUCGCCGCAGAAUUCUACAAAACCUCCUGACAACCAAUCUGAACCACUAAAACAACUAAACGGAAGUAUUAAAAAAAGUACCGAUGCAUCAGCAGUGGACAGUAAUUAUAAUAGCGUAAAAGAAAUACCAAAAUCUGAUUUCGAAAUUCCACCUCCAACUUAUCAACAAACUGCAGAAUGCAGAAAAGAAGAAAUAGUUAUUAGGACUAAGACACCCACUCACGAGAGAAGAGUGUCUCAAUCGUUCGACUCCGGUAUGACGAUGACAAGAAGAAAGUCGAGCUUGAAGACGGAAUCUUUGCCUGAGGAAGAGUCAGCUUGUUACAAAAGUGCUGUCCCAAAUAACAGAUCAACGCCUAAGAAAAAACCUGACUACGGCACCCAUGUUGUAUCAAAAAGUGAGCUUUGGGACACAGGUAGUCAGCAUAGAUGUAUGAAGAGUCAUCAGAAAAGCAGCAGGGUUAGCAUAUCCCAAGAAGAAGACGAUUCUCAUAUACAUCGCACAGUUUCAGAACGCAAUCGCCAUUCUUCUCAGCGAGACAAGCGAGACAAAUCGCCCGCUAAGAAGCAACAAGACCAGCAACAGAUGCCGACGAACAUUUGCAAUCAGCAGUGCAACAAGUUGGGCUACUUCCAAAGUACACCUAACGUGAAUUCGAUGAAAACAGCGGCCCAUACUCCCAAAAGGGAAAAAUCCAUGUACAAUGCAACGUCGGAAAGUGAACUUUUAGAUCGGGAAAUUUUACCGAUUUUCCAAAAACUGCUCACGGAGCGAAAUAAGAGUCAGCACAAUAUAGACUACUCAUUCGGUAGAUCGUGUCCAAAUAUUUCUAUUAAGUGUGAUAUCGUUGAGUAUCUUUAGAGUACAUACAUCCGCACCUUAAAGGUAUAAGGACAAAAGGAAGGAAUAAAGAAGAAGAUAUUUCAAGUUGCAGUAAACCAUCGCAUGUGUGCACCUUGUCUAAUAUGUAUCAAAUUGAAUAAAUAUAAAGAAAAGUAACAUUUACUUGAUCGAUGUUUCGUCUUCUUCUUAACCAGAUUAUCACACCAAAAUGAUAAUCCUAUACAGUAUCACUAAUAUUGUAAAUUAUCAAAUACUAUACUAUAUAUAGUUCAAGCAACGAAUGCUCAAAAAAAGGCAUGGAACACAAUUUUUGACUUAAAACUUUGUUUGGAUUAGUUAGGAGGUGAACAUAUAGAAAGUCCCCGCCCGUAGCCUUUGAGCCGGGGGGAUCCCAUUUUUCGGAUUUUCGCUUAUAGCUCGGAAAUUAUGCGUCCUAGCGACAUGGCCACUCAGUAUAAAAUGCAAGCUUAUUAAAUUUGCUAAAAGUUUUACUUAGUCAAGUUUUUCGAUACCUUGUAUAGUUUUCGAUAAAUCUGUUCUAAUUUUGGAAAAAAUUUGCCUCAUAUAUUUUGCUUUUUUUGACCGGAUAACUCUUCAACGAUGCACCCAAAAAAUAAAUGCCGACCAUAGGGUUGUAGAGAAUUAAAUUCCCUUUACUAUAUAUACAUAUAUAUUACUUUACUAUUUUAUCUAUUUUCCUUCAAAUGUUAAAGCAAUUUCAAAAUUUAGCGUGAAAUCUUAAGUUUUGCGACAACUGUCGACUAAUAAAUCUUUCAAUUUUUCACCAUUCCCAGUCAACGUAUUGGCCGAAAUAUGCACCAUUAUGUACUUAAAGUGACUAUUGGACUUCUAAAUAGCACAGAUACUCAUUUUAGAAUAUAUAGUUGUGGGCCCUCUGACCAGGUUCCUCACACUUAAUUAAAGAUGAAUAUCUAGACCAUUUCAAUAGGAAAAUAUGUUGCUAUGACCAUGUUUCUGCAUGUAUGAGUGUCUUUAAAUCACAACCAUUAAUUGAAAACAACGUUUAUUGACAUAGAAAAGUGAAUUAACAUAAAACAUUACAACAGUAUGUAACAUUGAGUCAAUUUCCUGCUCUUUUUUGUUGGGAAGGACCAUCAUCCACGUCUUCGUUUUCAUGUCGCUAGGACGCAUAGUUUCCAAGAUAUAAGCGAAAAACCGAAAAAUGGGACCUUCAGACCCCCUCUCCUCCUCCGGCUCAAAGGCUACGGGCGGGGACUUUUGAUAUGUUCACCUCCUAACUAGUGCAAACAAAGUUACGAAGUCAAAAAUUGUGUUCCAAACAUUUCCCUCUAUACCUUUUCGUUGGCUGGACUCAUAGUCAAUCGAUGAAAAAGACACACGUUUCACAAAUAGUCAAUUUAAAAUUUAUUCAAUUUUUUACCAGAAAAAUUCUUUAAAACGUAUGUAUGAGUAUAGUGUAUUUCUAAAUUUAUUCUCACACAUUUUCAUAAAAUACGCGUCCUAGAUAAAGAGCUUUUACCCAACGAUUUUCAAACAGAAAUUUUUUGUAAUAUUACUUUUUCUUAUUACCAUUGAAAUUAAAUUAAUAAAUAAAUAUUUCACUUUUUAAAAUAAGAAAAAGUAGAACUACUUCUAUUGGUAAUACAAAUAAUACUUCUGGACCUUACUUUAUCCUCGUAUGCUCUAUUUUUUUUAUUCAGUGUUUGACUAUUACAAGUUUUGAUAUUAAAGCACAAAUACUUAAUAGCAUAGAAGCCUCUUAAUUUAUGAAACAGUUGAGGUAUUAAAGAGUUAUGAAAAUAAAUCAAGAGUGUCUAGAGUGGAGACUUACAAAUUUACGGAAUAUUACUUUUCUUUGUCAAAAAAUAGAUUAAAAUGGAUCGCGGUACAUGAAUUAUUGUGCAAAGGCAAGAACAAUAUUUGCAGAACAUCAACAUAACUAUUUGUUAAGUAAGAUCAGUGAAAACUGAAGUCGGAUACAAAGGAUUCGAGAUUCAGUAGAAAGAAAACAGAUGAGUUGAUGCUUGGUCGGAAUUUUGGGAAAAC